AUGGGGUUAGAGGAACUAGAGCCUGGUAACACCAAACGAGCAAAGGCAACUGCCGUAGCCGCGUUUCAAAAGUUUCUGAAGUCUGAGGAUGUAGGUGAUGAAUAUGUGCACGCUGCCUUACUCUGCCUGCUGUGGUACCUGUUUGGCCGCGCUUCCGACCUCGCGCUUCUACGCAAGCAGAACGUGUCGAUAGACGCUGGUGAGGUGCUCUUCGUUCGCUUCAUACGCAUGAAGACUUCCGAAGAGCAGGGCCUCUCGCUGUUCCCGGACCCCGAUUUCGCCACCUGCCUGCUGCUGGCCAUGGCCCUGGCAAUCAUCACGCAGACAGCACCGUCACCCGAUGUCAUCAACAACUUGCCAGAGCGGCCAAGUCAGGUUGCCGUAGAACUGUCGCCAGACGUGCCGCUUUUGGAGAUGCUGGACCACCCGAUAACGACACUUGGACUUGCCGCGCCGACUUCCGCGGGCUUGGACACGACCCCGACCAUCUACACCCACGUCAACCGCGUCCUCGACCGCAUCUCCAAACCUGCCGGCGUUGUCGCGGUCCUGACAUCGCACUCGUUUCGGCGGGGCGGGGCUCAGCACGCGAACGCCUCCGGAAGCUUGACAGCUCGCUGGAUCUUCGACCGCGGCGCCUGGAACAUGACGACAACCAACAAGGGAUUCAACUACAUCUUCAAUACGAGUGAGCAAGACCACAAGAUACUCAGCGGUCGGGAUGCGGAGGCGAAGGUACCAAUCCAGCAGCUCAAGGCGUUCGACUCUCAGACACGGACGAAGAUCGACGCGGCUCAGCGGCUUCUGUUCGCGGCCUGUCAAGACCUGGAGACGGCAAGGUACAAUGUCAAUCAGCCCGUCCUGGAUGUACUUACCGCUUGUGUGCUUCGACACUACCUGGUACCGAAGGAGCUCAACCCAGAAGCUGCUGCGAUCAAGCGUAUCGAAGCUUGCGUUGUCCACGGCGGCAGCUCCAUCGCAGACCUCCUCGCCUGGUCGACUCACUUAGCGUCCGCGCCCGCAAACUGCAACAAGAAAGCCAGCACCACAGAGCAACCACCAACCCAGCCCAGCAAACCGAUAGAAGAUACCGAAGCCCAGAAGAUCAUUCGACACCAAGCCGCUGUCAUUAACCACUUUAUCGAGCACUCGCAACGCCAAGACGCACGCAUGGACGCGCUGGAGGCCAAGCUACACGGUGAUCCUGCGCAAGCUACAGCAAAGCGAAACAAGCCCGACAGCACAAACACAGAGGCGAGCAAGCCAAAGAAGAAGCAGCGCCGGUCGUCAGCCACUCACCUUCACGCAACGUGGUUCGCGUGGUACGCGCAGGAGCCGCGGAUGUGGCAGGCGGCCAUCUCCAAGCAGCAGAAGUCCGAUGCGAAGCUGCUGGUAGCCUUCAUGAAGCUCUUCUUGGAGGGCGGCUUCGCGCUGGACUCGACCGCACCGGACUACCGCGAUCGCGUUCUGGACUUGGGCAAGCGCGCGGAAGAAGCCAUCUUGCGUUUUCUUGCGGAGCGUGACAUCACAUCGCGUGGCUCUGGCGCUGUCCUCAAGCACUUACGCGCGCUUCAUCGCUCAGGCGAUCUCAAUGCGAAGAUCGAGCGCCAUCAGCGUCUGCUCCAGCCUCCCACAAUUCGCGAUCCUGCCCCUGGCUACACGCAAGACGUACUAGAAGUAGUGAGUCAGUAA